CAAAACAUAAUAAGACGAAGAAAAGGCCCAAAAAAGAAAAAGAAGAAAGAAAUGUGAGUCUGUCCGCAGGUUUGAGAGAAAAGUGUUAUUCAUCUGUUCUCCCUGGUUUGCUUCAGUUUCAUUUAUUUUGUGGUCCGACCUCCUCCAGUCAAACCUUUAAAAUGCUAAUAGUAGUUUAAAUUGUAAUCCUCGUAUCAUUACUCAAUAUUUGAUUCCACACUGCCCAUCAGAUAAUUGAACAAAGAGCCUUUUCCAAAACAACAGCAGCAACAACAACAAAAACAACUCAUUUUAUACUCUUCUCCCUUAACCUUUCCUCUCCUGAGUCUGCUAUUUUGUACAAUCUGUUGGCAAAUUCUUUGUAUCAUCGGCGAAACACCAUAAUUAAUUAAUUGAUUAAAACCUGAAAUCAUGACCAAUCCUCAUUUGGAGAGUUUUCUUGAAAGUCUGGAUACUUUACCGGCAGACUUACAAAGGAACUUUACUCUGAUGAGAGAUUUGGACAUGAGAGCUCAAGACCUCAUCAAUGCCAUCAGAAUAAUUUCUGAAAAUUACGUGGACAAAGCUAAUGAAUUGGAUGAAGACGAAAAGUGUGACAAAUUCUCUGACAUACGGAAUAAAUUUGCAAAAGCAACCUCUUUAAGUGAUGACAAAAUCCAACUCUCCGCACAAACCUAUGAGAUGAUCGAUAAAUACAUCAGAAGACUUGAUUCAGAACUAACCAAACUAGAAGAUGAAUUGAAAGAAAAAAUUUUAUUCCAAUCUACAACUCCAAAAGAGGGUAGAAAACGUGGCCGAGGAAAAGGGACUAAAGGAAAAGGUAAAGCAAGUUCGGUUCGGAGGAAAAACGUUUAUGGAACUGAUAAAGGUCACAAAAAACAAAGAGUAGGCACAGACCCAUCUAUUGCCCUAGCUGCUAUUCCUGGCUCAGAAACUUCUAUCUUAGCGACCAUUACCGGUAGUGCUGAUGUUCUAGAUAUGCCUGUUGAUCCAAAUGAACCUACUUACUGUAUAUGUCAUCAAGUAUCUUUUGGAGAAAUGAUUGGCUGUGAUAAUCCAGACUGUCCGAUCGAGUGGUUCCAUUUUGCAUGUGUUGGCUUAACAACGAAACCAAAAGGAAAAUGGUACUGUUCGAAGUGUAGUAAUGAUCGUAAAAAGAAAUGAACCUGGAGGUUCUAAAUGCUCAAAUUCAUGAAAUUCGCGUAAACGCAAAAAUUUCCAAUUCCCAUUAUCAAUUUAUUUGUGAUGCAAGCAAAAUGACAUUCUCAUCUAUAAAUCAUGUUAAUAUUCGAAAUCUAUGCAUAUUUCAUUCAUUUUGUUCAAUCAACUAGAACCACAUUGAAAUCAUCUUUUUUACAACGCUCAUCUCAGAACACCACAUUGUUAAUGAAUGAUUUUUAAACAAUCGAAAAAAUUCAAUGUUUUUUAACGUUA